GACGCCGCGCACCCACACUUACAAUGAUGAUCGUAUCCAUCAAAUGACCUACACCCACUACUUCCGCACCUGGGACAUGGGUUUCUACCUAAGGCGCAAGAAGAAAUAACGGACCUCUGUGUUUUUGUGUUUUUUUUGUUAGUUCUUACUGUUUGUCCUAAAGGUGAAAAUAAAAAGAAAAAAGAAGAGAAAAACACUCUCAAAUCAAACAAAUAAAAAAAAUAAAAUGAGGACAUUUUAAUUUAUAUAAAGUUCAUAAUCAUAACAUACAAUCGAGACGAUAAAAAACUAAAGGAUUUAUCAGAGAAGUUUUCAUAACUGAGGACUGAUCAAGGACGCUGGGUCGGGAACAAGACUGUGACUCCCUGUUCGCGUGAGGGGCCAAAAACAAACUAAUCUCUUAAGAGUACCUGAAUAAAAAAAGAAUAAUUUAAAAAAAAGAAAAAGUGCAUUCUAGUAUUUAGUGAACUCCUGAUUUAUUUAAACUGUGAUAUAUCGUAGACUAUAAGCUGGGAGAGAGCUGGGACGACUGAAUUUAUAGAGUAAAAAGGGGCGGAACUAGGAGACUAGGGGGUUGGGUCGUGACAUGCCCGAGUGUUGAGCUUGGCAGACCAGUGAAGGAACGAUGAGCUCAUACUUCGCCAACUCGUAUAUGCCCGACCUUCGGAACGGUGGUGUAGUGCCGGCAGAGCACCCGCACCAGCAGCACCAUUAUGGCGCGGCCGUUGUCCCUCAGGGCACGGAAGAUCCGACCGCCUGUGAUCCGAGGCAGGGGAUCCCGCCUCACCACUACGGAGGACCGCCAGCGGCGGGACAACCGCCCCAGGGGAUGCCCUACCCGAGAUUUCCUCCAUACGACAGGAUGGAUAUCAGGGCGGCAGGCUACUACCAGAACAUGGAUUACAGGGCGGACUCCCCCGGGGCCAUGGGUCACAUGGGCCAAAACGGCCACCAGACGCCCGUGGUCUACGCCUCGUGCAAGCUGCAAGCAGCGGUCGGGAACGGCAUCGGUGGGCCGGAGAGUCCGCCGGAAAUGGACAUGAGCCAUCAUGCCCACCCCCACCAACAACAGCACCACAUGGGCCCUCAUCAACACCAACAAGCGCCGCCCCCGCCUCCCAACCAAGCUCAUAUGAUGUACAACAGUCAACAGCCUACACAAGCGCCUCAUCACCCACAACAGCAGGUGGUCCAGCAACCGCCUCCCAACCAACCCAACCAAAACAACAACAAUAACAACACCAACCUCCCGAGUCCUCUCUAUCCUUGGAUGAGGAGCCAGUUCGAGAGGAAACGAGGGCGACAGACGUACACCCGCUACCAGACGCUGGAGCUGGAGAAAGAAUUCCACUUUAACAGGUACCUAACGAGGCGGCGGAGGAUAGAAAUCGCCCACGCCCUUUGCCUGACAGAAAGGCAAAUAAAAAUCUGGUUCCAGAACAGGAGGAUGAAGUGGAAGAAGGAGAACAAGACGAAAGGCGAUCUCGUCACGAACGAAGGCAGUGACCUGUCGCCGCAGACGUCGCCGCAAUGAAACGAAAUGUCGACGCCUAACCCAUUCAAUUAGUUAGACGCGUCGAGGACCUGUUAAAUACUCCGGUGCCAAUUUUUUAAUUUAUAUUUAUUUCGUCAUAAAAGCGCAACCAAAGGUUACUUUUAAAAGGAGAUUUUGGACUCUGAGUGUUAAAUUUAGUUAAGAGACACGAGUGACUCUUUGAGUGUUGUUCGGGUUUUCGUGGCGUUGCAUUGCGCAUAAAGGAAUUGCAUAGUAUUUCACCCAAUUUUUUGUUUUAAACAACAAAUCAGGAAAUAUUAUUUUACAAAAAAUGAUUUAAUAAUUAAACAGAUUAUCAGUGAAGGUCAGGUAAGGAUAAGAACGAAAAUCUACUCCCUUGACUCAGACCACUCAUUCAUCCUUAUAGUUACCAACAUCACUGGGGUCUUGGCCAAUAAAAUAUAUAACAAAAUAAUGGCUCAAAAGACAAUAUACAUGGAUAGAAUAUUGUAUAGUUUUCAAUUUUCUUCUUUUUUCUUAGCUUUUCUUUACGCCUCUGUAUAAAAUAUUUAAAAAAAAUAAAUGGAGCAAAAUACAAAAAUUGUGAAACGGAGAUACGUAAGAGUGCCGUCUCAUGUAUUCUAAUUGUAAACAAGAUAUUAUUUUAGAACGCUAUCAUAGAUCUCUUUAAAAACGAAUGAAUGUGCGAAUGAAUGAACCAAUAAUGUUUUUAGGCACGAAAGUAAUUAUAGCAUGUACCUAUUUAGAUGUUCGUAUUUGUAUUUAAAGAAAAAAAUAAAUAAACCAACAGACAUUUAAAAAAGUCGUGUUUCGUGUCAAUAUAGAGAUUAUAAAAUUAUAUAUAGUAUUUAUAAAAUUAUAUGAAAAAAUGAUAAAUCUUGGCAUAAGGUGUCCUCUUUUUUAAAAUACUUUUGGACGCCAGAAGUUCAAAUACGUAAAUAACGGCCUUCUUUGAAACUCUUGUAUACGAAAAGUUCAAUUAAUAAUACAUAAAUAUGUUCUAUCCAAAGAUUUAAAUUGUUUAAAAUCAAGCACACACAGUUAAAAGCACCUUUAAUGUCAAUAUUUAUAUGAAAAAGUGUAUAUUAGAUAUUUUUGAAAUAUUUUAAAAAGUAAUGAGGUGUUUUAUUAAUUUGUUUUCAGUUGCGUGAUUUAAUUUUUAUUGAAGCUGUCUUUCCAGACGCGACCGCCACGAUUGGGAAAUUUUUUUCUGAAGUACUUAAAAUUGUGUUUAAUUUUGACGUUGUGGCGCUCCCCUCUGGAAAGAUAUUUGCCGUUUGGUCUGAUAUCCGUUUUGCGGCAAAAUAAUUGAUUCCCCCCUCACAAAGAAGCAGAAGCAAAAUAUAAUGAAUCAGAAGUUAAAUUUUAUGGAGUGGAGUGCAAGUAAACAUGUUUAAAAACAACAAUAAAAACAAUUGCAACGGCAAAAAAUAACCAAACAGUUCCUGGAAAUAAAAUUAUAUUGUAUAAAAUUGCUAAUGGAUUAUGUUUUCUUUAGCUCGGUCCUUGAGUGAGUGGAUGUGUGCCGGUGGUAUAUUUUCUAAAUAAAAUCUAUUAAAAAAAUAUACAAAAAAAAAUAAACGUAUAAAACAUUUUUUGUCGCAAUGUAUAGAAUUUGAAUGAAUUAAGGAAUUAUACCAACUCAUGUUUGUAAUUCAAUACUUCAUCUAGAAAUAUUUUAUACGGUAUUGAAUUAUAUAUUAUAUAUAAAUAUAGUAUAUAAUUGUGUAUAUGUAGAGAGUUAACUAUAGUGAAAGAAACUAUUAUUUACCAAUAGCGUUAUCAGAGGAAUCGAAAGUGUACAAAACGACGCUAGACACCGACAAAGACAAACAAAUUUUUGUAUAAUAUAUUAUUUAUGUGUUUUAUAGUCAGCGUGAGAAAGCAAGCAAAAUUGAUUUAUUUUUUUGUCAAUAUGAAACUGUGCAGAGGAUUCUGUCCGUCGGGCGUUUUUGCAAGCGUUUUGUACAACGUUCAGAAGCGUAUUAUUUGUAGAUAGUACAUUUGACAUACCUCAUUGUUGUUUUUAUUUUUUAGUUUUAUUUGUUUAUAAACAAACUCCCUCGGUCCUCCCUUUUUUUUGCGUUUUCUUGUAGGGCCAAAAAAAACGUAAUUACAACUUUCAUCCACCCUAUUUUCCUACACAAUUUAGCCCUCUUACCCCAUUGUAUAUUUAUUGAUAUAGUCAUUAUAAAGUGGUCAUAUUUGUAAGUAAAGAAAAAAAUGUAAAACCAAUAAUGGAAUUUGUCCUAUAUAAUUUUGUGU